AUGACAAUCUUGGAAGGAGUUCUAUUAUCUAAAGAUAUUUCUUUAUCAUCAGGAGAGAUACAAUUUAAACAAAAAUCAUCUAUCGAUAUUAAAAACAUUUUAAAUUGGUCAUUAGAAGAUGUAUCUACUUGGUUAGAAUCAAAGGAUUUGAAAAUAUUUAUCAAUAGUUUUUCAAUGAAAAAAAUUGAUGGCAAAUUCUUAUUGGGUAUCGAUCAAUGUGAUUUUAAUGGAUUGGGGGUCACAAACAAUAUUACAAUCGGUGAUAAAUUAAAAUUUAAAAAGGCACUCUCAAAACUAAAAACCAAAUACAAUACUUUAAUCAACUCAGAGACUCCAGCCUUUUCUGUAAAAAAUGAACAGGCAUUACCGCUCCCUAAAAUAGAUUUUAAAGAUUAUAAUAUAACACCAGUCGGGAAAGGUGGUUUUGGUGAAGUUUAUAAAAUGGAACACAAAACCAGUGGCUCAACAAUGGCAAUGAAAAAAAUACCAAUAUUAAAAAAUAAAAAAAUUUUUGAAGAAGUUGAAAUUUUAUCAAAACUAAAACAUGAUAAUAUUAUUAAAAUUCUUUCAUACCAAAAUGAUGAAAAUCAUUUAUCAAUUUUUUUUGAAUAUUUACCAGAUUCAAUUUCCUCUGUAUAUUAUAAAAAGGGUGCUUUCAAGGAAUCAAGCUGUAGAAAUAUUAUAACAGGUGUAUUAAAGGCAUUGGUUCAUAUUCAUAGUGAAAAAGUAGUACACAGAGAUCUAAAAGGAGAUAACAUUUUACUAAAAGGUGACCAUCCAUACAUAAUUGACUUUGGCUUAUCUCAUAAAUUUGAUAGAGAAUCACAUUCAACAUUUUAUAGCAACGCUGGUACACACUUUUGGCAAGCACCAGAGGUUAGAUUAAAUAUUAUUGGUGAAUGUGGGAGAUCAAGUGAUAUUUGGAGUCUCGGUUGUACAAUCGUUGAAAUGUUAGUAGGUGGUAAUCCUUGGCAAAACAUUAAAGUUGAAGAUGGGUACCACCCACCAAUUCCACCAAAUUUAUCAGUAAAUCUAAGAGAUUUUUUAAAUGCUUGUUUUUUAAUAUCACCUGAAGUCAGACCAUCUGCUAAAAAGCUGCUCAACCACCCAUGGAUUCAAGGUAAACCAGAUCUCUUAAAAGAAAUAACAAAACAAGAAAAUUUAACAUCAAGUACACUUCUUAAUGAAUAUAUGUCGAAAGGAGCAUACCUUUUUUUAAAUCAAGCUAAGAAGGACCUUCUCCCCUUUGAUCCAACCUUAAGCAAACAUGAAGUCAACUUUAAUAAAGGUUUAUUAUUGUAA